GAGCUCUAGCCACAGCGUAUAGGAAGUAACGGGCGCAGAGUGCACGCGGGCAAUUCGGCUAUGGUGUAGCAGCGUACAUGGAAGAAUAGCUGUGUGAACUCGCCGUUUUGGACAAAACCACAUUUUGGAUUAAUUGGUUGCUCUUGGAAAUGUUGAAGCCCGGAGACCCGAGCGGCUCUGCUUUUUUGAAAGUGGACCCAACUUACAUUCAGCACUGGCAACAGCUCUUCCCUCAAGCACAACUGAAGAACGGCGCCCUCGCGCAGCUCCAGCCACCGGAGCGUGUCACGAUCCCGGUGGAGAGCUUGCGACAGCGGCCGAACCUCAUCUCUGUAUCGUCCUCAUCGGGUCUCACUUCGUCCUCUACGUCCACACACUCCUCUUGUACGCCCUCAGCAGUGUCUUCGUUGGCAGGUUUAACGCAACUCUCUGUACCACAAAUCGCACUUUUUGGACAAACUUUGUGCACUGACCUGGUAACGUCAGAUAGCAGCACACAAUCCAAGGAACUCUGCUUUUCGUCGAACUUCAAGAAUGACAAAAGCUCAAAGUUCAAACUGACCUCGGAGGAGUUAGACUACUACCUCUACGGACAACAGAGGAUGGAAAUAAUUCCAUUGAACAAUCACACCAGCGACCAGACAAACCGCUGUGAUAUGUGUGCGGAUAACCGUAACGGAGAGUGCCCCAUGCAUGGACCCCUGCACUCGCUGCGGCGUUUGGUGGGCACCAGCAGCGCGUCCUCCGCGGUGCCCCCUCCAGACGUGCCUGAGUGGCUGCGGGACCUGCCGCGCGAAGUCUGCCUCUGCACCAGCACGGUGCCCGGCCUCGGCUACGGCAUCUGCGCAGCCCAGCGCAUCCCACAAGGCACCUGGAUCGGGCCCUUUCAGGGCGUCCCCCUCCUGCUGGAGAAGGUGCAGGCGGGAGCCGCGAGGAAUACACGACAUCUGUGGGAGAUCUAUGACCAGGAGGGGACACUACAGCACUUUAUUGAUGGCAAUGAGCCAAGCAAGUCCAGUUGGAUGCGUUAUAUUCGCUGUGCCAGGCACUGUGGGGAGCAGAAUAUGAUGGUGGUUCAGUACAGGUCAUGUAUUUUCUAUCAGGCCUGCAUGGACAUCCCUCGAGGGACAGAGCUGCUGGUCUGGUACAACGACAGCUACACCUCCUUCUUUGGCAUCCCUCUCCAGUGCAUCGCCCAGGAUGAAAACCUAAAUGUCCCCGCCACUGUCAUCGAGGCGAUGUCCCGGCAGGAGAGCCUCCAGCCCUUCAGUAAGGGUGGGAAGGGGGGAUCCUCUGGCGUCCUGCUGCGCUCCAUGGUCUUCCCCCACUCGCCCUGCCCACGAGGCUUCUCUCUGAUGGACAAGGGUGGUCCAGCUGACUCCGGCUACAACCAGAUGGGCUCCAAGAACCAGCGUGUGCUAGCGAGCCCCACCUCCACCAGCCAGCUGAGCUCAGAGUUCAGUGACUGGCAUCUCUGGAAGUGUGGCCAGUGUUUCAAGACCUUCACCCAACGCAUACUACUGCAGAUGCACGUGUGCCCACAGAACCCAGACAGACCAUACCAGUGUGGCCACUGCUCACAGUCCUUCUCCCAGCCGUCGGAGCUGCGGAACCACGUGGUCACACACUCAAGCGACCGGCCCUUCAAGUGUGGCUACUGUGGCCGAGCCUUCGCUGGAGCAACUACACUCAACAACCACAUCCGCACACACACUGGGGAGAAGCCAUUCAAGACAAGACAGAGCAUGAAGCAGUUUCUCAAAGCUCAGGUGCGAGCGCUGCGACCGGAGCUUCACACAGGCCACGCAGCUGAGCAGACACCAGCGGAUGCCCAACGAGUGCAAGCCCAUCAGUGAGAGCAGCGAAUCAAUCGAGGUGGAUUAGCUGAUUGACUGGCCGGAAUUAAACUGCAAGGAAAAUCAUGAUUAAAUGUCACGGACACUUAAGCAAAACCAAAGAUUUCCUCUGAGAAACUCUCAAUCAGCCCCACGGAAAACCAAAAGCAGUAAUAAAAUAAGUAAGAUGUUAAGAGAUAUUGAUCCUGGCACAAGAUAAGGAGACUGGACAUGGAUGGGGGGUUGGGGAGGCAGGAGGGGGAUUGGGAGGUGAUACUGGGAGAAACAAAAUGUGGGAAGAGCAGAAUAUUUAUUUAUGACUCUCAGCUCUGUGAAGAAGAGGUUGGACAGUAAAAAAUCCAAACAGUGCAAAAAGUGGUUUCUUUGCUUUUGAUCUUGGUGUCUUACACUCAGUGUUACAAAACCAAAGAGACUGUAGAGCAUUGGAUGCUUAAAAACUACACUGACAAUGCACAACCUUUGCCCAAUGGCAAAGGAGCAUGAAUUAAAAGGACACACUUUAAUUCCACCAAUAAAUGAAUGAGAAAUGCAUUCAGUGAGUAAAACAGGAAACAUGACACACACCACCUUUAUAAAAUGUACAUUCUAAAUUAUAGUAUAUUUCUCCCAUAUCAUGCUUUUGGCACUUUUAAAUCUGUUAUUUAUGUUUUCUGAUUGGCC